GUGCAAAUCAGACGCCGUGCUGUUCCUUUCCUCAGAAGCUAGCCGCCCGUAGCGACAUCGCAACCGUCAGGUCACUCCCGCGCGUCCACACUCAAAGACCCACAUCACCCAUGGAGCUUGUAGAGUCCUCACAGGGAAACACCGCAGUUACCUCCAGGCUUGUUGGAGGAGAAACAAAUGAGCCAGUCUUCAGGCUGAAUCUUCCUGCAGGAUUCAGCGUGGUGGUGGACGACGUGGACACGGGCAGCCACGAGCAGCUGCAGCUGGAGGCCGAGGAGCGCCUGGAGCCGCAGCCGCAGCCGCGCGCCAAGACGCCCGAGGGCGAGGACGCCCCCGCACCGGAGGAGCAGCCGCCAGACGCCCGCAUCCGCCAGAUACAGGUGGAAGCUGAGAGCCGCAAGAGUGAGUUCGCACGGCUGCUGGAGGAGCACGCGCAGGUGGUGAUGCAGCUGAAGCAGAUGGAGAGCGACGAGGCGGUGUUGGCGCCCCCCGCCACCACCACCAGCGCCUAGACGCCACCGAGGCACCGACCGCCGGCCACAGCCGCCACAGGCCUACGACGGCGAUCCGUCAUUUCUCUCGCACCGUCAUUCCUCCUCCACCUAACCCUCCCCUAUGUCCUCUUCCUCAGGGACGUGAACGAACCAGCUGUCGCACCACAGGGCCCAAUUUUCUUCGUCCCCUUUCUCUGUAAAUUUAGUAUUUGUCUUAGAGCACUAACGUUUCACUGUUGUUGUCAUUCAGUCUGUGUUUCUUGUGAGAUAACGCUAAAUUUAUAUUUCGAAUAAGAUUAAUAAUAAACUUUGUACAAAGGCCACAUCCGAGCCCAGUUCCAUCUCAAGCUCUCUGAGACCACUCGCUAACUACCCUGCAUUGCCCAUUUACUUAUUUCUCCCAGUCUUAUAACUAAAGUGCAAAAAAUGUUCAAAUGUAUGUGAAAUCUUAUGGGACUUAACUGCUAAGGUCAUCAGUCCCUAAGCUUACACACUACUUAACCUAAAUUACCCUAAAGACAAACACACACAUCCACGCCCGAGGGAGGACUCGAACCUCAGCCGGGACCAGCCGCACAGUCCGUGACUGCAGCGCCCUAGACCGCUCGGCUAAUCCCACGCGGCCAACUAAAGUGCAGCUUCCCAUAGAAGUCCAGUGUAAGCUUAAUCAUUGUACGGCAAUCUGGUAGAUAUUCUGACAUGUUGAUGCGGAGUCGAUUUACGCUGGAAAAAUUAGUUCCAGUUUUGUCCACCAGAUGCAAAUCUGGCGCCAUGAAUGCAAGAAAGACGUAUAAAAAUCUUUUCACAUGUAAUGGAUUAGAAAUGGGACACGGGCAGAAAAGGUGAAACAAGAGAGAAAGGCAUAAUGUCGAUUUUAUUAUUAACUGCUAUAAUAUAAUAAAAUAAUGGAAUAGAUGAUAAUAAAAUGUUGAAAUGCGUGGCUUUUUAAAAUGUAUUGAAUUAAUGAGAUUAAUUUUUCGGCAUGAAUGACAAGCACAAUAAGCUGAGCUAUGCCUGGAAAUAAGUUCGUAUUAGUUCAUAUUAUUUUGCAGGGUGAAGUAGUUUCUUUCUCCGUUGUAGAUUUGUACUUACCCUUCUUUAUAAUGCUACGUUUGGUCGCCGUGUUCACCUUCGAAGUCUUGACCGUGUUCCCAUUGACCUUAUCGAAUCUUCGUAAUUUUCCAAAGUACACAGGUAGGCUUCAGUUGUUGUUAUUAUCGUACUAUUUGAAAUAACAACUCACACGACCUUUCUGUUAAUAAAACAAUACUGUACUUUUCUAAACGGUGCACAUAUGAACUACAUACUCCUCACUUAUUCAUAGCGACCCCAAAAUGGCGUUCUUCAAUUACUCGCUAAAAAUGGCGUGCUUCUCACUCGUUUACUAGCUGAACGCGAAUCCUCCCUUCUUCAUACUGGUACAAGAAAAACUCCUCUCUUUUUUAACAACUGAAAAUCAAAAAUACCUGGUAGGCAUAGGUUCUAUGAUGGGCUACCGUUUCAUCUUUUCUCUUUGCCUUUAAAGAAGACGAAAACAUAAAAGAAAUGCAAAAGGUUUAUCACACUGCCACUUACACAAUUUGUUCAAUAUGAGCACCAGAGACAUUAACGAAUGUUGUACAGCGCCAGAUUUGCGCUUGGUAACAAAAACAGGAACUAAUUUUUUUUACAGUGUAAAUUGGUUUGGCAUUAACAUAUGAGCAUAUCUGGCAAGUUUCGCUGCCGUACGAUAAUUACAGUUCACACUGUACCACCGUGAGCAGGUCAAUUUCAGUCAUAACCGCCCGAUACUAUCUAGAAACAGUUUUGACUGAAAUUGCUGCAGGCAUUCCAGAGCUAUUCCGGAACAUACACAUACACAUCUAAUUUUAUACACAGAGCGAGUCAUAAAUGAAGAAAAAUAUUUAGCUGACAGUGCCACAUAUUCAGUUACAAACGCAAAAGUUUUGUCCUCCAAUCCCGGUAUCAAUAAGUGACAAUGCAACCAGAUUUAAUAAAAUCGAGAAGUGAGUAUUCCGGUGCGCCAGGAAGAAAGAGCAACUGGACUGCAAAAUUUGCCCUCGUUGUUGACAGUAUUUUUCCUACAGCGCUUGCUCGCUUUUUCUCCUUAUAGCUCCAACUUCGCGUGGCAUAAGACUGUACGCACUUUUCACUGUCGGCAACAUGUGGUCCACAUUUUCUUACACGAUUACUCGCACUGUACAAUGAAAUGAGUUUUUCCCAUAUCUUCCCAAUAUCAUCUUGUAAAAUAUGGACUUUAGUGUGUUGUGUCACACAUCUGGUAGAAUGAUAUAUCCGAAGUUUAACACUCUUCAGUGUCUCAUUACAUAGUUUACUUAUUCCAUUACUUUGUAAACAGCAAGUGUAUAAGGGAAAAAAAUGAUAAUGAUUCUUGACUUGGGUACAGUCUUCGAAAUAAUUUUCCUCCUUUCCGACUCAUGCUGUACAUAGAUUCAUUGACAACACCUUUCUAAGCACUGCUCCUUAUUUACCAAUUAGUAAAACAUAUUUCUUAGUCGUAGGAAACAAAAAAUGAUCGAGUAUAAAUUUUAGCUUUUCAGUUAAAUCAUGAAUAUUGUCUACAUUUGGCAUCCAGUGCCCAUGCUAGAAUGGACGCUCUGUCCUCUCUUUCCAUCGAUCAUUCAUUUAAUAUCUCCUGUAUGUUUCAAAAUUCGGGGUCAUCAGCGCAUGGUACUCCCUCCACAUCCAGCUUACGUACUGGAAGCAUACACACUGGAUGUCAGAGAGAGCAUGAUGUUAUUGGGCUUCGAUGUCGCUUUUCAAGCCAUUAUAUUUCAUUGAUGGAUGUUGCCAUGACAACUGAAUAAGGUUGAAAUACGUCUUUCCUGUCACAAACCAUUACUGCGUUGCUUAAAUAAUCAUUUUUUUAAAUUGUAUUUACUUCACAGAGAGACUAAAGUUGGUCUGUUGAUACUGAUAAAGACUUAGUGACCACAGAUCACGCAAUCAGCUACAAGUAUGUGUUUUAAAACACCAGCCGACUGGUUAUAGGACUAUUCUUUCUACCUUAUUCAGUAUGUAAACCAUGGUCGUGAAUACUAAAUAGCAAACGGUAAUCUGAUCCAAUGACCGUACCAGACCGUUGGUGUUGUAUUAGCUAUACACAGCGUACCAAAUCUCUGUCGUUGCGCUCAUGUCUCCCCCUUAUUAUGUCGGUUUUCAUGCUUUAUCUUCCACCCUUCUCCAUUAGAUUUAGAUGUCUACUUUCCAUUCCUAUUGAAUGAUGCCAGUGUGCAGAUAGCGUCACCAGUGCCAUCUGGCGGCUCGAACUUUAAAUAUGAAGCAUUAUAGGAAAUAAGACCAUUACUGAUCAGAAUAUUAAUGCCCACCAAAAAAUAAAUAGUUUCUCAUAGGUUAACGUCAAACUGAUGAUAAUUAGCGACCGAGAUAUAGGAGGAAAAAGAGAUAAUGCAUAAAACACGUCAUUAUUGGCUGCUAGAUGGUAUUAGUGUCAAUUAUCGCAAGAUAUUGGCCAGAGGAUGUGCUAUUGUUUCAUGUGCCACUACAGGCAGGAAACGGAGUCGAGAAAGGAAUGCUGUUAUACAUCCAUCAAAAUUACUUUUAAGACUUCUUGGAGAAGCAUGAAAGUAUGUGCUUUUUACAAUCUUGAUAUUUUUGACAUAAACAGAUCUUCUGGAGCUACAAAAUAUAUUUCAGAUCUUAAUAUCACUAACGGUAGCACUUCUCUUCUGCUUGCCCACUGUUUAUUUCAUUCGUCUCUGACGCCAAACACAUAAAAAGAGGAAAAGCGAAAGAAUGCUAUUAUCUACAUUAUGAUACAACGUUUCAAACAAUUUUCUAAAUUAUUCGUGUGCUAAAUAACUAAACUCUUAAAAUUACGUUCUUACAAAAUACGAAAUUCCAGUUCGUUAUACCCCCUAAAUAUUUCGACCACUUUUCAGUCGGCAUGUACACGAACAUCCUUGCAUCGAUCAAAAUCUGAUAUUUUCGACAUUAAAGAUAUUGUGAAAGAGGAAAAAGUAUUUUUAAUACGAGAAUAAGCAGGGGAGUCUAUUUAUUGUCGUUAUCCCAGUCAAGUCAUGCAUUGUUCCGCUUCAAAAAUUUAACGAGCCAGUUUGAAAACAUGUUGAAAAAGAAAAAACACAGAAAAUUGUACAUUAAGGUACUACAACAUAGUUGAUAAAUAUUUGUGUUGUUGCAUGUUACAAAUAUGUAGUCUGGUUCGAUUAAGAAAUAUGAAACUAGAGUGAAAGAAAAGGAGUGGGACGAUUUGACAAUACUUUAUAUGAAUUAAUGUAAUUAUUGUGGAUAGAGGAUUGUUAUAAUUUACGUAUCAUGAGUAGUAAUUAGGAUUUAGAUAAUAAUACAUUUUUGUAUCAAUAUGUGUACAAAAUUGAAAAUAAAUUUUGUUAACUA